CCUCCCCCACUCGCCUUUUGCCCCUCCCUCUCUUCCAGCUACGCUUCCCUCUGUUUCUUGCUUCCGAAGUUUCCGACGGCGUUUUUUUGAGAAAAUUAAAUCAUUUCAGAAAUCACAAGAGGGAUAGAACUGACCGGUGGAUGAGUGAUCGGCGGAGAUGAGCUGCAACGGGUGCCGUGUUCUCCGCAAGGGCUGCAGUGACUCCUGCCUUCUGCGGCCUUGCCUCCAGUGGAUCGACUCCGCCGAGGCCCAAGCACACGCCACCGUGUUCGUCGCUAAGUUCUUCGGCCGCGCCGGCCUCAUGUCUUUCAUAUCCGCCGUCCCCCCUUCACGACGCGCAGCUCUUUUCCAAUCCUUGCUAUUCGAGGCUUGCGGGCGAACCAUCAACCCGGUGAAUGGCGCCGUGGGACUGCUAGGGACCGGGAACUGGCAUCUCUGCCAGGCGGCCGUGGAAACGGUCCUUCGCGGCGGCGCGCUUUGUCCGAUUCCGGAACUCGCGUCUGACGGUCGCUCCGACGAGGCAUCGCCCGAGGCCGAAGGCCUAAGCUCGCCGCCGAAAAUGGGCUUCUCGUCCUUCUCAUCGGUCAAGCGACGGAAGGCGCCUGUUCCCUUCUACGAAGACAACGCGCCGCCGUGCGACCUGGACUUGUGCCUGAUUCCUCGAUCCCCAGGUAGCGGAGCGAGGGAGAAGAAACGGAGUUGGCGGCCAGGGACUCCCUCGAUGAACUCGGAGGGAUCGGUAACGACGAGCGGCGGCGAAAGUCCUGGAAGCAACCAAACAACCACCGAACCGAAGCUUCUCGAUCUCUUCGUGUGACGGCCGAUUCCGUAGAUCACGCCUAGCGACCUCUCCCGUUUUGAUCCCUGCGAAAGUUUUGCUGUUGCCCUAAGUCGGCGAGACACGCGAAUUAAUCCUUAAUUAUCUUUUUACGGUAACGACCUGGGGGCUGGAUGCAGCCAGCCAAUUGAUGUAUAAUUAGUGCAUCAACCCAGUUUAUUAAAUAAAAUCUUGUCGGUGCCGGAAUCAUUCGAAGAAUUGAGGUUUACAA